GCUGACGCCUCAGCAGACAUCCCUCGCCACUUCAGUCGUGUCAAGUACCCUCCCUUUCUGUCUACCCUGGCUGCCGACUACUCAUGGCGGAACCAGCCUGGCAGGAGCUUCUGCGUCUGCGGUUGACGGAGCGCAAUGCGAAGGAAUCCUCGUAUGCUCCUAUCAUCGAGCAGUAUCGGAGACUUGCACAGCAGACAAAGUUGCUCAAGGAACGUAAUGCGUCUUUGCUAAGAGCUGUUGCGAGUGUGAAGCAGAACCCGAGCAGUUCUACAGUCUUCGUACCGGGAACAGGGGAAGAGAACCCCGUCCGUGCGGCAUAUAUCUCUUCACUUGAAUCUCAGAUAUCAUCUCUGCGCGAUGAAUUAGCGACGGUGUACAAGACUCAGGGCCAAAAUGCACAGCGAUUACUGGCCAUGAACGAGACACUACGCGAGAAGGAGGAGAUAUCAAGGAUGGAUUCGGAAGCUUUGCGGAGAGCGAGAGAUGAGGCUGCGAACCUCAGACGGAAAGUAGACCAGCAUGCAGAGCUAAUGGCAGAGAAGGACCGGACGGCCCAGGUUCUCCACGAUGAGAUCAGCACGCUUCAGCUCGAACUCGGCCAAAUCGAAGAACGUAAUCAGAACCUCACACGGGACAACGCUAAACUCCUCCAACGCUGGCUCGACGCCAAACAAGCCGAAGUCAACAAGAUGAACGAAGCGAACGAUUUUUACGUCGACAUGCGCACCCGGCACGAAGCCGUCCUCAACUGGCGAGAUGGCUCCGAGGCCUCCACGUCCAACGCUGGAGAUGCCACCACGUCCAAUACUGGUGACGCCGCGGGUGCUACGUCGUCGAACACGGGUGAUGUGGACGGUCAACAGACGGAGCAGCGGCAGUCGGGAAAUGCGCACGCGUCGGUGUCGGGAAACGGGAGCGCGAACGGAGAGGGGAAGGGGACGGGGACGAGGGAUGGGACGAAGUCUCAGCCGGAGCAGACGGUGAAUCUGACACCGAAUGGCUAGUGGUAGAUGAUUGAUGUGGGAACUCCGUUCGCAUUCACGAGAUCUGGAAGAGUUGAGGUGGGAGGAAUUGUUGGCUUGUAGGCCUUGAUCGAAUAAUUAUUGGGUGGUCGAUAACUAUAGGCAGAGGAAGCAAGCAGUGGUGGAUGGUGGUUGUCGCAUACUUAUGGUUUCGAGGUAUCGUACUGUGCUUUUUUUGUUUGGUCUUUGAUGUUACAGUUAUACCCAAUGCUUCUACACUCGUUUCGUCUCUGCUCUUUUUUUCUUUCCCGGAUAUCAUAAUGGCAUCUAUCUAUCAGCG